UUUUUAAAUUAUUUUAAAUUAUUAAAAAUGCAUUCAUCUUCAAGCUCUGAUGCUUUAACCAAUGGCAGCAUAACUUUUAAAGAACGCAAAGGCCUUCCUGAAAGACAAAGAAUGGUGCAAGACAUUAUGCGUCAACAUAACGACAAGGUGCCUUUGAUAAUUGAGCGAUAUGACAAAGAGCGUUUUUUGCCUCUGAUGAAUCAUGCCAAAUAUCUGGUGCCGAGUCAUUUGACAAUUGGAGGUGUAAUGCAAAUAAUACGUCGCAGAUUGCAACUUCAUCCUGACCAAGCUUUUUAUUUGCUUGUCAACGGCAAAUCUGUCUUUUCAAUGUCCCAGACUAUCGGACAGCUUUAUGAUGACGAAAAAGAUGAAGAUGGAUUUCUUUACAUUGUGUAUGCUAGUCAGCCAGCUUUUGGAGGUGAAAAUGCUCGAGAUGAGGAAGAAUAA